AUGUCAAGACCACCAAAAACAACAAUUGCUCUGGAUAUCCCUGCCGGAUGGCUUGUCGGCAUUGAUCUCUACUACUUCACUUCAACUCCCACUUUUAAAGGCAUCAAAUCAAUCCCCCCCGGACGAACGCACAUCUUGCACUGGGGCCAGGACGAAACCAGUGUCCGAAACGGAGUGGUGUUCGAGGCCAAGGAAGGAGAGGUGCUCAUUUUCAAAUGGGACUCCAAAAAGGAAGAAAUGCUGACAAACCAGACCAUUGAUAUCGCCGAAGCACUCUCCAUUGUCCCCGAACAGUACCCCUACAUGCUGGCAUUCGAUACCAUCAGUGAGGAGCACCAUACCGCCGAGUCGGCAGACUUCGCGACACUGACAAAUCACGUGACCCAGAGCGUGGUCUCCAGCGUCAUUGCUCCCGACGUUGUCGUUUCUUCCACCACUGCGACUGCCCAGGAGGCUGGUGUGUUGAAGGGAGCUCUUCAAAAGUCCAAGGAACAGAGAGACAAGCGUCAUGCCUCUCCCGUUGCGGAAUCUGAUGUGUCCUCAUCGACAAAGAAGGAUGCGUCGCACGAUAUUCCUGCCGAUGAGAUGAACAAUAUCACUCCUGGAUUUGAGAAUCUUGACAAGGAGCCCACUCUCAACUUCCCCGCUCUUACCCCCGAUCACACCUGGAGACCUGGAUCUACAGGCCGAGAACGGACUCUUGACUCGCUCGAUUCGUCAUGGUACAUUGAGAAUGUGCUUCUAAAAGACUCGUCGUCCUCGUCAUUACUGGGUUAUCUUCAAUUGUCGUUUCUACUGUGUCUGGUUCUGAGCAAUUACUCUUCUUCCAUCACCUGGAGAGACUAUAUCAAGAUUCUGUGCAAGGGCGAGGAGCUGAGUUCCAAGAACCCCGAUCUUUACGUCCAGUUCUUUGACAUUCUCGUCCAUCAGCUAACUGUCGCUCCUGCGGAGUAUCUUGACGGUCUUCUCGAGCUUUCUGCUCUCAUGGAGCCUCUCGGCAACUUGAAAGAGAUUAUCUUUGAGGGCCAGCGAGGUUUCAACAACGAGGAGGACGCCGUUAAUCCCAGACUAAAGAGAGGUUUUGACAAGCUGGAGGGAGAGCUGGAGAAGAUGGGCUACAAACUGCAGAAGCCGGAGGAAGAUUAG